UUCCAGAAGUCUGGUAGCCUUGGAGCAGUGGAAGGCUAGAGAGAGCUGCUGGUCAACACAUGUGUCCAUGAGAGGUUAUUUGCAACUGUGAUCAGCCUGGACAGAGGAGGCUCAGAGUGACUGAAGGAAUCCAUUUUACCAGACUAAAGACCUUCCUCGUGAAGGAGCGUCAAGGCCUGCCAGAGAUCACCUGUUCCUGAAUCUCAGAACCCAGAGGAUCCCAUAAAGUCUCUACAGAAUGUUCCAGAAGCCUCUCCUUCAUGUCCCUGUGUGGACCAGCUGCUUGGAAUGAGGAGACACCCCAGAUGGAUCAGGUUUUCUGUCACAGAGGUGGUGGGGUUCUGGAGUUUUCUCUGGCCCAGGGGCCCCAAGACAGGGUGGAGCAGCCACAUCUGCCUGAAGUUCUGAGGAGGAGGGCGGAAACGUAUAGCCCCCGCCCUCACGGCCUCUCCCCACAAUUAUGAUAUGCUCUACUGGGGCAUUGUGUGCCACACUGGCUCACUUCCCCCAAAUAGACAACUGUAUUUUUUAGAGCCUGACAUCCAACCCUGGGUGGUCAGGUGGCAUGCCUGAGAUCAGGGUCCUAACCUCAGAUUCCUGGGGUGACUGUGACACUGCAUCUGGAUGGAGCCAUGCCUCUUGCAUUCCUGCUGUUGCUGCUGCUGCUACUGUCGCUACAGGACUGUGCCUCAGGUCCCUCCAAUGAGAACCUGUACAGGAAAGUGCGGCGGCGUGAAGGAGAGACUCUGUCUGUGCAGUGCUCCUACAAGAACCGCCGGAACUUUGCUGAAGCCAAGUCUUGGUGCAAAGUCAAGAAGAAGAAGUGUGAUCACAACUUCAUCCGGAACUGGGUGAGGGGUCCCAGCUACUCUAUGAGGGAUGAUGCCAAGGCCAAGGUGGUGCGCAUCACCAUGGAGGCUCUCAGAGUUCAAGACUCCGGACGAUAUUGGUGUAUGCGGAACACGGCUGGAAAUUUCUACCCCUUGACGGGUUUCCAGCUGGAAGUAUAUCCAGCCCUCACAACUGAGAGAAACGUUCCUCUCACACAUCUCACCGACACCCUCAAGGAUGGAUUUGUCACAACCGGCCAAGUCCGUAUUUCAGACUCUGAGGCCCCUUUCACAUCUGACAUGACUGUGUUCACAUCUGACAUGACUGUGUUCACAUCUGGACUCCUCGCCUUGGCUUCAGGGACCACCGCACCAACCCCCGUGACACGCUACAGUUUCGCUGAUACCAGUGACACCAUUACAGAGCCUGAGAGGAGCAUAGAGUCCCAGCCAGCGACUGUGUCUCCUAGCAAUGCAAGACCCUUCUCUGCUGAUCCAGUGACCACCUCCACCAUGCCCAGACAGCAGAGUAGCAGCUUGUCCACCACGGGGACGUGCCACCAGUUAACCCCCAACAGGUCCCAGGAGAGUCACAAACCUGUGAUGUUGGUGGUGGUGUCAUUUCUUCCAGUACCUGUGAUGUUAGUCGUGGCCUACGGGAUUUGGAAGAAGAAACACAUGGGAAGAUACAACUUGGCCAACAACUAUGCUAAACCCUGGAUACACCUUCCUGAAGGACCAGAGACACCAUGGAAGCCUACUUGGUCUUAGACAACUCAGUGAGCUGGGAAGCUGUUUUCAGUGGGCUCAUAAGGCCAGAAGAGGACCAAAAACCAGGCAACAGCCCUGGGGCAGGAGGACAGUAGAGCUGCCUUCCCUUCACCCAGGGCCACUGUGUUCUCGGCUUCCCUCUGUUCCCUUCAAACGCCUCUAUAUGUUUGGAGACAAAGGUCAGGUCUCAGGAGACCCCGAGGCAGCCAGUGCUUCUAGGGUCCUGUUCUGGAUGAGAAGGAGCAGUGACUAAGACCUGGGCCACAGAGGAGUCAGUAGCAGGAUGCCCCAGAGCUGACCAAAGCCACAUGUCUUCAGAUGUUCCCUGACUGUGGCUGCUGGUCCCUUCUGUCCUGGGAGCCCACAGGUCACACGUGUUUCCACUUGUUUCCUGUCUGCCAUCCUCUGCAGGCUGGUGACAGCCUUCAGCUACAGGGCUGUCCUCUCUCAAGAGGAGUGCAAAGGCUGAAUCUGGUUUCGCCGCUCAACUUCCUCCUCCCAUUCUACAGUGAUAGCUCAUGGAGACCGAGCGCAGAGACUCAACCAUGGGUGUCUGCAGCCUUAUCUAGAGAGCACCCGCCUCCAGACACUGGGGUGGGCUGAGGACCAACUUCUGAGAAAGGAGAAGCUCAAGCAAGGCCAUUUCUGAGAAAAUGGAGAUACCCUGCUUAAAAUAGCAGGAGAGAGAGGAGCAGGGCAGGAGACUGACAAAUCAGAUUCUAGGAGAGAGAGAUGGGAAGGCACCUGGACAUACGGACACAGAGACACACAUAUACACACAUGGAGGCAGGGAAGAGGGAGAGGAAGCAGAAGAGGAGGAGGGGGAGAAGAAGGAAGAGAAGAGGAGAGUCCAAACAGCUCAGACUUGCCCUCUACUAUCUAGAUCACUGGUGCAGAGUAGAGCGGGGCUGUGGACUGUGAGCUGAGCUGCCUCCCUAGCGGGGAUGCCCACUAGCCCAUGGAGUAUGGGAAGGUCCCUGGGCCGAGUUCAACAUCUACACUCUCGGCCCUGAGUCAGGGACAGCAGACAUCACAGUCAGGUGGGUGGCACAGCCGGGGCCUUGGUGCACACUCUAGGAUGAUGACUUUGAGGCAAGAAGGACCCAAGUUGUAAAGUCGGGGGACAGAAAGGGGAAGGCAUCCCCCCCUCUGCUUCCAAAAGAGAGUGGAAGAGGGGAGAUCAGACUGAACAACUGACAAAACAAGUUCUAGAAGAAUGGACAGACAGACACACACAUACACACCGGACAGACAGACAGACACACACACACAUACACACACACCCCUCUGGCUAGCAAGCAUCUGUAUAGAGCCACCACCCUAGUGGAUAACUAGGGAGGACUACCUCAUACUGCCUCUGAAGUCUCACCCCCACUCCCAUAUUGGCCCUGAACCUCCAUUGCCCCUUCAUUGUCCCUGACAGCCCUGUUUACUGAACAGGUGAUGGAGAGGUCAGGCAUAAGGACCAGUGAUGCCACUGUCCCUGAGCGACCCUGACCAAGCCACUAACCCUGUCUGGGCCUCAGUUUUCUCUCCUUUGAAAGGGGACAAUGAUUCCUGCCUCUAAAGAUUGACUGGGAUGCAAUGGAUGACAUAAACAGUGUGCGACAUACAAGCAUCCUGUGAUGCUUCCCCGAAGAUCUUUCCCGUCCUGUUGCUCAUCAGGAACUGAGGGGGGGGGUUGAGUGUUCCUCCUGCUGCUGCUGUGACUAACACUCUCUGACCAGGGGCUGCAAAGAUGGCUCAUGUUUAACAUGCUCAUGGCUCCAGCUAGGAUCCAGGCUCAGUUUCCAGCACCCACAUUGGGAGCUCACUCUGUAAUGCCAGUUCCAGGGCAUCUGAUGCCCCUCUCUGGCCUCCUCAGGCACCACAUAUACAUGGGGCAUAUAAACCAUUACAAGUACACACAUAUACACGUAUAAACCGUUAUAGGUACACAUGUAUACACGUAUAAGCCAUUACAGGUACACAUGUAUAUACAUAUAAACUAUUGCAGGUACGUGCUUAUACACACAAUAGUUUUUUUUAGAAACCUUUAAAAACAAUAACAACAAAAACCAGCCACUCUGGCCAAGAGCAGCCUAUGGAGGAAAGGGGUUAUUUGGCUUAUGCUUCCAGGCCACAGCCCAUCACUGAAGGAAGUUAGGACAGGAGCUCAAGCAGGGACUUGAGCAGAGACCAUGGAGGAGCGCUGUCUGCUGGCUUGCUUGCAGUCCCGUGCUUAGCUAGCUUUCUCAUACAUCUCAGGACCACUUGCCCAGGGAAUGGUGCCUCCCACAGUGGACUGGAGCCUCCCAUAUCAACUAACAGCCAAGACAAUCCCCCAGAGAUGUGUCCCCAGGCCAGUCUGAACAGGUUGAUCCCUCAAUUGAGACUCUCCUCAGGAGACUCCAGGCUGUGUCAAGUUGACAGUUAAAGGUAACCGUCAGCUUCCUUGAUCUCCUCUCCUCCUGCUUCUGUCCUCACCUCGGGGAUGCUGUGACUCUGUGGUGAAGGCUGGAUUAUCAGUUGCUGUGAUAAAACAUCACUGUUGGGAGGCAGCCGAUCCAAGGCUCUCCCUGAAGCUACAAUGUACUGAGAAGAAAUCUAGUUCCUUAUCUAACACGAGGAACAUGCUAGUAAAGUCAUCAACGCCCUGGGACCAGGCUUUGGGGAAGGUGUGAUUUCAGACCCUGAAACCCAACACCUCUCCCCCCCCAUCCCCCUGCAGAGGAGCUGUGGUUAUUAGCAAUGCCACUGUGGGCUCUGUCUGUGAUACAGUUGAGAUAUCCCGUGUUACUGUUGUACAGCAUUGAUUAGCUUCCUGCUGACUUCAUCCCAUUGUACCACAGCUUCCCCAUUCCCCCUCUGCAACCCGUAGAAAAACUGCUGUUCUUGUCAAUAAACUUGUCUGGCAUAAGCCGUCAGCGUCUGCAAGACCCCCUGA